CCGGCACUCGGCCAUGCGACCCGCGGCGCGGACGGCAGCGCGCGGGGCCCCGGGACGCGCCGCGCCCGCAGCCAGGGGCUCUUUGGCAAUUCUGCUGUGUGCACAUUUGCUGCUGGGGACAUGGGAACUUCCAGCGGCAGCGGCGAAUGCCUUUAAACCAAAUAUUCUAUUGAUAAUGGCGGAUGACCUGGGCAUUGGAGACCUUGGGUGCUAUGGGAACGAUACGCUGAGGACCCCGAACAUUGACCGUCUGGCAGAAGAAGGUGUGAGGCUCACGCAGCACUUGGCAGCCGCCCCGCUCUGCACACCCAGCCGCGCCGCCUUCCUCACGGGGAGACAUUCCUUCAGAUCAGGCAUGGAGGCCAGCAACAGGUACCGGGUCCUUAUGUGGAACGCAGGCUCAGGUGGGCUCCCUGGGAACGAAACGACAUUUGCAAGAGUCCUGCAGCAGCAAGGCUAUGCGACUGGCCUCAUAGGAAAGUGGCACCAGGGCGUGAACUGUGCAUCCCGCAAUGAUCACUGCCACCAUCCGCUGAGCCACGGGUUCGACUACUUCUACGGCAUGCCCUUCACGCUCGUCAACGACUGCGACCCCGGCAGGCCUCCCCAGCUGGACGCUGCCUUAAGGGCCAAGCUGGGGCAUUACACCCAGCUCCUGGCCUUCGGGGUGCUGACCAUGGCUGCCGCCAAGACCUGCAGGCUCAUCUCUGUCUCCCGGAAGGCAGUCGCGGGCAUGGCUGCACUCACGCUCCUGUUCUUCCUGUCUUGGUACGCCAGCUUCGGCUUUGUGCGGCGCUGGAAUUGCAUCCUGAUGAGGAACCGCGAUGUCACGGCGCAGCCCAUGGUUCUAGAAAGGGCGGCGGGUCUCCUGCUAAAGGAAGCCGUUGCCUACAUCGAAAGGCAUAAGCACGAGCCAUUUCUCCUGUUCGUGUCCUUGCUGCAUGUCCACACUCCCCUUGUCACCACGAAAGCGUUCCUUGGGAAAAGCCAGCAUGGCUUGUACGGCGACAACGUGGAGGAGAUGGACUGGUUUGUAGGUGAGAUUCUCAACGCCAUCGAAGAAAACGGUUUGAAGAACACGACCUUCACGUAUUUCACCUCUGACCAUGGUGGGCAUUUGGAGGCGAGAGAUGAACACGGCAACCAGUUAGGGGGAUGGAAUGGAAUAUACAGAGGGGGCAAGGGCAUGGGCGGCUGGGAAGGUGGCAUCCGCGUGCCAGGCAUAUUCCGCUGGCCCGGGGCGCUGCCGGCCGGCCGGGUCAUCCACGAGCCCACCAGCCUGAUGGACGUGUUCCCCACCGUGGUGCAGCUCGGGGGCGGCCAGGUGCCCCGGGACAGGGUGAUCGACGGCCGCAGCCUGGUACCCUUGCUGCAAGGUGCGGACGUACACUCGGCACAUGAGUUCCUGUUUCAUUACUGUGGGAAGGAUCUGCACGCUGCACGCUGGCACCAGAGGGAGAGCGGAAGAGUCUGGAAGGUCCACUACAUGACACCCCGGUUCCACCCCGAGGGAGCGGGGGCCUGCUACGGCCGAGGCAUGUGCCCCUGCUCCGGGGAGGGUGUGACCCAUCACAGUCCCCCUCUGCUCUUUGACCUCUCCGCAGACCCUUCCGAGGCUCGGCCCCUGUCCCCCGACUCGGAGCCCCUGUACCACGCAGUGUUGGCAAGGGUGGGCGUGGCUGUGGCCCAGCAUCGGGAGACCCUGAGCCCUGUGCCCGAGCAGUUCUCCGUGAGCAACAUCAUGUGGAAGCCGUGGCUGCAGCCGUGCUGUGGACACUUCCCGCUCUGCUCCUGCUGGGAGGACGAGGACGGCAGCCCCCACAGGCCAGAGCCAUGAGAGAGGACAAGAGAACCCGACCAGACUGGGGAGGUGGGAAUCUCCAACCUUGCUCAGUUCCUGUGCUUUUUCACGUCACAGAGGAAAGUGAGAGCAGCUUGGUUUCUGCUGUCGAGAACUCAUUGAUCUCAAAGGUUGAUUCAUUUCUUGCACAUUACGCUCACUAUCCAUCAGUCCUCAUCAUGCUAGUUAGAAAUUGCCAUGGGCUGCUGGGAACAGAGGCUGAGAAUAAGAAUGCCUGAGAUGAGAGGAGGGUGUGUUCUCUCUCAAGUAAAAGGAAGCCCCGAUGAAGCAACCCAGGGCCGGCAGGCUCCUGCCAACUCCCUGCUCUACUGUCUUUCCCAUGGAGAGUUCGCCUCAUGGUGUCAGCAUGGCUGCUGCAGCACCGGGCAUCACAUUCCAGAUGUCAGGAAGCAGCAAGAACAACAGGGAAUCCCGCUUUCCUGCAUCAGUCCCUGCAGGGCGGGGGUUAUCUGGAAGCACCAAGUCACUGACGACUUCCGUUUCCAACAGCCAUGUGUGGAAACAACUGGAAAUGGAGAAAUGCCGUCUUUCCAGUGGGCACAUGCCUGCACCUGUUGAAAUCAGGUUUACACUAGUCCGCAGGAAGGCAAGAGAACCUUAUUGAGCUAAGAUUUUUGAUGCGUUAUUUUAUCGCCAAAUUGAGCAGCUGUAUCUCGUUCUGCUUUGAAGCACAUGCUACAGCCGGUGCCUAUAAUUGAUAGGUGAUGUCCCAACAUGCUGGACACGUCUGGACGGAAACUUUGAGCCUUGGGCAAAGGGACAAUUGUGAGAGGCUUCAGCCGUACAGCGGGAAUGUGGCUUUUCUUCCUACAUUCCUAAAAUUUGGCAAGUGUGUCCUCUAAAUCAGUUCUGUUUCCUCCUCACACCCACCCGCUGUGGCUUGCUGCUGGAGGUGUAGCUCGGACCCCUUGCACAGCUGGGACCCUGUGUCCCCAGAGCCCAAUACUGGGGGGACAUCACACUGUUCCUCUCUGAGUCUGUCCACCAGGGACGCUGCAGGAAGUAGCCGGGCCACUCAAAGGGGGAGAUUAGAGAACAUCUAAGGGCCGGGCACGGUGGCUCACGCCUGUAAUCCCAGCACUCGGGGAGGUCAAGGCAGGAGGAUCGCCUGAGCUCAG